ACCAUUCUCUCUUUAAUUUUUGUUUGAUGGUUGCAAAGAAGUGAAAAUUCUCCAACUCUAAUUCACCCCCCCUCUUGGAGUGCAUUGAGUCAAUAGGCAUAAGUCUUUAUUGUCGGCGUAAGCCCCCAAGGCAUUGAGGAACUUUUUGACAUGCUCUGCACCGUUGCCUUUUCUCCCAUCAUAUUGCGGGAAUGUAGGACUUUCAUAGUUCUUUGGGUAGGGCUUAGACAAAAUCUCCUUUGGGUAUGGUGGAUCAUGGACAAACUGAAAAAUGGUUGAACUUUGUCUGGAACACUCCUUGUCCAAGAGAACAGUAUGAUCUGCCAUGGUGAUGAAGCCUCAAGUAGUGUUGGUUGCACUAGGUAGAGCUCCAACGAUGCUGGCGACUGCAAUUACUAGCGGUGCUAAGUUAUUUAGCCACACAGCAAAGGCCCUAGUGCCAUUGAGUAUGUUAAGCUUGCAAGUUGGCAAAAAGUUGAGUAAUUCUUUGCUGAUCCUCAUGCAAGACUUGGAUAACUUGGACCAAAAACGCAAGGCUUGGAUUAGUGAUUCCUUGCAAGAGAUCAUUAAAAACAUCUAUCGGUGGACAUGGUUGCUAAACCACUUGUCCAUCAUCUUGGCCAAGCUAUUGAUUUCCGUCAACAAUGUUGAUAAGUCAGUAGCGAUGAUGAUGUGGAGGCUGACUAAGAUGCCACCCACAAAUGAUGAGGAGGGUCCUUUUGGUGGCACCCAUUUCACGUGCAAGACACUAUGUGCCACGGGCCAUCUCGUUCUGCCCAGCGAUGUUGAUCAGUAGUGAAUUCCCCAGCAAAGUUUGAAGGUGUAAGUGUUCUAGCCAGGCUGAGAGGGAGAGUUGACAGCAAUGAUAGAGUUCUAAGAUGUCUAGCAAUGUUAGUCAGCAGCAAAUUCUCCAAUGAAGCUUGAGGGUGCAA